AUGGCGGAAUUGUGGGAGCAGUUCUUUCAGAUUGCGGACGCUGAUCGAGAUGGCAAGAUCAGCGGCGGGGAGGCCGUCGCGUUCUUCCAGAAGAGUGGACUGCCUCAAAUGACUCUGGCUAAGAUUUGGCAGAUUGCCGAUCAGGGACAAACCGGUUUCCUCGACCGGCGGGAAUUCAAUGCGGCGCUCAAGCUCGUCACGGUCGCACAGAGCGGCCGGGACCUGACCCCCGAUAUUGCCAGGAUGGUGCUGACAGGGGCGGGCCCCCAGAUUCCACCCCCAAGAAUAGCAGGACUUACCCCACCAGGACCGCAAUCGGGACCCCCACAAGGCCCGCCUCCUUCUCAGCAGUCGGGGGGCUUCCAGCGCCCCGGAUCUCCGAGUCAAUCUGCCCCCCCCGCUGGUUUCGGAAAUGAUGCGUUUGGCGCCGGUGCAGGUUUCAGUGCUGCUCGCCCUGCGGAACCCCUGAAACCCGCUGCCUCAACCUCAAGCUACGGGAGUGCAGGAAGCGGCGACUUCGCCUCCGCUGCUGGUAGCUUCCAGGGGGGUAAGGCCCCAGCCGGUGCCAGGCCAGUAUCAGCCCCCGGUGUUGAUGUGCCCCCCGCAGGGGGCCGUGCGGGUCAGCCCCAGGCGCCAGCGUCUUUCCAGGGGGGCUUCAACGCCAGCGCGUUGGCCCCCUACUCCGGCGGCGCUCCUCCGCAAGGCCCGGCGUCCCAGCCCAGGGGGGCAGGUUUUGCCCCUUCGGCAACCCCCCCGCAGUCAGCAGGAGGGGUUGCCCCGCCUCAGGGGAGCUAUGCGGCGCAGCCGUGGCCGAGAAUGACUCCUCAGGACGCACAGCGCUACAUGCAAGUCUUCACGAGCGUGGACACCGAUAGGGACCAGAAGAUCACCGGGGAGCAGGCGCGGGAUCUGUUCCUCAGCUGGGGCAUCCCUAGAGAGAUUCUGAAGCAGAUCUGGGACCUGUCAGACCAGGACCAGGACGGCAUGCUCUCUGUGCGCGAGUUCUGCACUGCCCUGUACCUUAUGGAGAAGUCCCGCGAAGGGCGCCCGCUCCCUCCCGUCCUCCCGACGGGUAUCCACAUCGACGAGCCCCCUCUCGACCCCCGCGCCCAGAUUGCGGCGCAGCAAAUUGCCGCCGCGCAAGCUGCCAUCGCCGAUACGCAGCACGCCCCCUGGGCCGCUCCGGGGGGGUCCGCCAUGCUGGGCGUUCCUACCCCCUCCCCCCCCGUCAGCACGAAGCCCCCCCGGUGGAGCCCCCCAAAGAGAAAGCGGGGGAUGCGUUUGAGGAACUGGGGCCGUUCAAGCCGAAGGCGCCGAAAGCGGACCCGAGCGUCAUGA